UUCUGAGCCAAUCGUUAGCCGUAGCGGGCGGAGCCUCGCGCCCAGCAGCUGCGUGUUAAGGGGGAGCGGCGGCGCCCCAGCGGCAGAGAUGCGGACUCCGGGGGCGAGGUCGUGGGCGGUCGGCGCUCUGUUGCUGGUGCUCUUCGGAGCGGCGGAGUUGGCGCCCCGGUUUCGGCGUCAGAGCGGCUACACUCCCGACUGGCAGAGCCUGGACUCCCGGCCGCUGCCUUCCUGGUUCGACGAGGCCAAGUUCGGGGUGUUCGUGCACUGGGGCGUGUUCUCGGUGCCGGCCUGGGGCAGCGAGUGGUUCUGGUGGCACUGGAAGGGCGAGGGGCGGCCCGACUUCCAGCGCUUCAUGAGCGACAACUACCCGCCCGGCUUCAGCUACGCCGACUUCGGGCCGCAGUUCACGGCGCGCUUCUUCCAGCCGGAGGAGUGGGCCGGCCUCUUCCAGGCGGCGGGGGCCAAGUAUGUAGUCCUGACGACAAAGCAUCAUGAAGGCUUCACAAACUGGCCGAGUCCUGUGUCUUGGAACUGGAACUCUCAGGACGUGGGGCCCCAUCGGGAUUUGGUUGGUGAAUUGGGAACAGCUCUCCGGAAGAGGUAUGUGUCUAUGGACAGUUACUCUUCAUGGAUGAAAUACUUCCAACCCACUCUUCAUUAAAAAAUAAAAUUGGCCCAUAAGACUUUACUGUGAAUGUCUUCAGAUACUAAACUCUGUCCUCAUCACGUGUCUUCCAGCUACAAGCCUGAUCUGAUCUGGUCUGAUGGGGAGUGGGAAUGCCCUGAUACUUACUGGAACUCCACAGAAUUUCUUUCUUGGCUCUACAAUGAUAGCCCCGUCAAGGAUGAGGUGGUAGUAAAUGACCGAUGGGGUCAGAACUGUUCCUGUCACCAUGGAGGAUACUAUAACUGUCAAGAUAAAUACAAGCCACACAGCCUGCCAGAUCACAAGUGGGAGAUGUGCUCCAGCAUCGACAAGCUCUCCUGGGGCUAUCGUCGGGACAUGGUGAUUUCUGAUAUUGCGAAAGAAGCUGAAAUCAUUUCGGAACUGGUUCAGACAGUUAGUCUGGGAGGCAACUAUCUUCUGAACAUUGGACCAACUAAAGAUGGACUGAUUGUUCCCAUCUUCCAAGAAAGGCUUCUUGCUGUUGGCAAGUGGCUGAGCAUCAAUGGGGAAGCUAUCUAUGCCUCCAAACCAUGGCGGGUGCAAUUUGAGAAGAACACAACAUCUGUAUGGUAUACCUCAAAAGGAUCAGCUCUUUAUGCCAUUUUUCUGCAGUGGCCAGGAAAUGGAGUCUUGAACCUUAAAUCCCCCACACCUACCUCGACUACAACGAUAAUGAUGCUGGGAAUCCAAGAAGAUCUGAAGUGGUCCCCAGAUCCAGAUAAAGGGGUCAUCAUCAUUCUGCCCCAGUUGCCACCCUCUGCUAUCCCAGUGGAGUAUGCUUGGACUGUAAAGCUGACAGGCGUGAAGUGAUCAUUUGAGUUCAAGAGGAAAGGGAUAAUACCGCCUGCUGUUUGCUGCUUCAAUUUUCCUCUUAUAGUAACAUCGUUGUAAUAAACUAACUUUUUUUCCCCACCCAGAGAUGGCUUUUCUGAUAUAUUUUAAUCAAAGGAACUGAGUACAUUACACUGAUAUCUUUUUUUUUUUAAUGUUUUCAAUUAGCAAUAAUCGUACCUCGGAUAUACCUCAUUGGCUACGAUACUGCCACUGUGCAAAGCUACGCUGACAUCUUAAUCAACCAAAAAUCUGAGAUCCUUUGCUGGUAUAUCUAUCCGGUCUGCAAAAGAAGGGAUUGAACAGCUAAAGUCUUGAAUUCAUCCAUUCUUAUAUUUGGGAAUUGUCUACAAUGGAACCUUCCCUCCAUUCUCUGUGUUUGAUAACCUAACCUACCUGCUUAUUCAAUGACUUUAGUAAAAGAAUAAGCCAAGUCACCCUGUUGCCUAUGGGAGGAGGUGGAAAGGAUUUGGCAAGCUAUGUAGUAUCAGUUGUCACAAACACUCCUCCCCCAAAGGGCAGAAGACCCUGGAGGGGAAGGAAAAGGCUUGCCAGGCUGCUAAUGGUCAACUCUUUACUAAUUUCUAGAGCAAACUAAGAGCCCCAAAAUCCAGUAUGUUUACAGUGAUUAUUAAGGAAACAAAUGUGAUUCUGCUAUUUUUAAAUAUGAUCAA